AUGACAAGAAUGAUUUUGCCAUUUUUAUAUAAAUCUUGGGCGUUAUCAUGUGAUGACUGGGUGGACGGGGAUAGGCUACAAAAUCCUCCACCUCAUGACGUCACAGCGGCUGAACUUGAUUUUUUGAAAACAAUAAGAGGUAAACCAUCCCAGAAAAUAGUGCGGCAUCAUAUAAAGAUAUUCACGGAAAACAAAGGAAAUCUUCCUGAUUUGCCACCUUGUAGAAAGUCCAACAAAAACGUCACGUGGGUCAACGUGAACCCCAAAGGUUUGUGGGCGCCAGGCAACAUCUGGACGUCCCUGGUCUGCAAGACCGAAGACGUCAUCACUUCGCGCUGGACACUCAACUGUCUCAGAGACACAAACGUCUGGAUAUUCGGGGAUUCCAAUGCCAGGCUCGCCUAUUUCACCCUGAACUAUCUAACACAGUGUAUCAAAAGUGAAGGCGGGUGGCCGCUGAAAGGAAGGUGCUACGUUCCUGAAUACAACAUCACCAUCAAUCUCAUUCCACACGAGCCACCGAGGUAUUCGCUAUUUAGGCGUUCAGACAACUUCACGGGAGUUCCCGAUUUUAUACAGACUCUACCCGCUAACGAGAAACAUGUUCUAAUCAUCCAUUACUAUCUCCACUUUACCCCAGCUCAUCUCAGCGUGUUGUCUCUGCGCAUGCGCAAACUAAGGACCGCCUUGGAAAAAUUGCUAGCGAAGAACCCGAAUAUUCUUGUUGGGUUGAGAGGACCCCAUGUGGUUUCCUUGUAUUACUCAAACCACGCCGUAGGGGGCGAUCCCUUAGGACCCCAGUUCUUGGAGCUGAUAAGGAAACGGUUCAGGGGUUUGGAGGACAAGGUCGUGUUUUUAGACAUGUGGGAGAUGUCCAUUGGUAUAGAGAACUUGGACUAUCAUCCUCCACAGUUCUUGAGCCGUGAGAUGAUCAAAUUCUUUCUAUCGUUCCAGUGCUAGAAUUGGUUACGAUUAGGUUUGAAACAGUAACUACUCAGUAUUAGAACUUCGACUAUCAUUUGAACCGUGAGAUUAUCAAAUUCUUUCUUUCUAGUGCUAAUAUUGAUUACGAUUAGGUUAGAAAUAGGACCUACUCAGUAUUACAUGUGCAUACAUUAUGUUUUAACAAGUAUCCAUGGGCAUAUUAUUAACCAAAAUAUGAAAUUUCAUCGAAACGCUUUAAUUAUAAAAUUUUUCAUUCUUGGUUUUUAGAAUUAUUUUAGUGAUUUAUAGUGGACACCGUUUAAAAAAUUACAUAGAUUCCA